AUGCUCCCCGAUGCAAAUUUCACGAUGCAAGGUCAUAGAAAGUGUGCUACACAGCAUGUCACCUUAACUUCAUUGGUCCAACGUGCACGAGCUGCAGUUGGUGAGCUCAGGGGUCGGCGGCGCUCCGGAUGUUCUCGGUUUGACUCGUCCAAGCUGAAGACUGCCAUAAACAAGCUAGCAGCAGCCUUUGAAACCUGCCCAAUCACAGUCGCCAAGCGCAACGGAAGCUAG